AUGGCCUUCCAUCUCACGCCCAAGAAGCGCCUUAUGGCGACCAUUGCGAUCUCAUUCUCGUUCUUUGUCGCCGAAAUCAUUGGAUUUAUUGUUGCGCUGGUUGCUAUCGUUAUAUCGGAACGGUCAGACUUCCCGCAAGACUUGUCGUUUGGCUGGCAGCGUGCCCGGCUUCUUGGUGCCUUCUUCAACGGCGUCUUCCUCUUGGCUCUUGGCGUUAGCAUCUUUCUCCAGUCCAUUGAGAGAUUCAUUACACUUCAAAAGGUCGAAAACCCAAAGCUCGUUCUGAUUAUGGGCUGUGUCGGGUUUGGCCUGAAUGUCAUCUCGGCCGUCUUUUUGCACGAACACGACCACGACCACGGCGACGGCAGCGGCAGCGGCGGCCACAGCCACAAUCAUGCGCCCAACGAAGAGUCCGAGCACGGCCACGUUCACGUCGACGACGACGACCAGCUGCACGAGUCCCACGCCGAGCACCGCCACCUGACCGUCCAGACCAAGGGCUCCGGCCGCGAUCUCAACAUGCUCGGCGCCAUGGUACACGUCCUGGGUGACGCCGCCAACAACGUUGGCGUCAUUAUUGCCGCUGUCAUCAUCUGGAAGACGCACUAUGCGGGCCGCUACUACGCCGACCCGGGCGUCAGUAUGGGCAUUGCCCUCAUGAUCCUGCUGUCGUCCAUCCCGCUCGUCAAGAACAGCGGCACCAUCUUGCUCGAGAGCGCACCGCGCGGUGUCGACAUCCAGGAUGUCAAGCACGACCUUGAAAAGAUCCCGGGCAUCGAGUCGGUGCACGAGCUGCACAUUUGGCGGCUGGACCAGAAAAAGGCCAUUGCCUCGGCACACGUGGUCGUCUCGGACCAGACGGUGUCGAGCUUCAUGGAGAAGGCACGCACGGUUAGCGAGUGCCUGCAUGCCUACGGUGUACACUCGGCUACGCUGCAGCCCGAGCUGUCGUACUCGUCGCAAGUAUCCCUGGCCGGCCAGAACGGCGGCAACAUGGACGGCGUCGCGUCUCUAGAGCCUGGGGGCGGUAAAGGUGAUCUCACUCUGUCCAAGAUUGCCGUUGUUUUGUCCAAGGGUGACAGUGUCGUCGUGAACGAUGAUGGGGUUGCCGGAGCUACUGCAGGAAGCAGCAGUAGCAAGAGCCACGGUGUCUACAAUGAAGCGGGCUCUCAAGGUUCAAACGGUGCCAGCAGCAGCAGCAACAGCAGCAACAACAAUAACAACGGCAGCACCAGCAGCGAUUCCGCACGGAGACGGCCAUCGAACGCAGUCUCAGUCAUCCGUAGGAGGCGGACCGAGGCGAGCGGUUGCCAGAUCCCGUGUGGCACACUUUGUGAGAGCCUCAUGUGCUGUAAGUAA